AUGGCCAACGAGGAGCGUGGAGACAAAUUCGAGAUUCGCACACUCACUAAAACAUCUACAGGUCUGAAGAAGUAUUUCUUAGAUGUAUUAGAGAAAGAAAAGUAUUUUCCAGCGUUAGAUGACAUCGAAUGCUACCUUGCUUGCGACCCAACUUCACUUCUUGUUGGCGAGUUGAACGGAAAACCUACAGCAAUUAUUGCUUCGUUUAAAUACGAAGAACAGUACUGUCAUGUCAGUUGUUAUGUGGUUGAUAAAGCUUAUAGAGGACAAGGCUUGGUUUGAAAAUUACAGCGCACAAGUGUCUUUUUAUGCUGUGCCUGAGAUGCUGGAAAAUUACAAAAAGAUGUUCAUGGCUGUUCCGCAUUGGCCGGUAGAGAUGCAUAUGGUGGAUAUCUCAAACGCUUUAGCCCUCUUAAACGAUAGUACUAAUGGAGGUGCUAGUCUAGUUGUUGAUAUCAAACAAGUCGGCGAAAUUGGUGUGAAAGCUGCAUGUAAUUAUAAUACUAAAAUAUUUGGUUAUAAGCGAGAGAAAUUUCUAGAGCGAUUACUUCAAGUCAGUCACGCUCGUGUGGCGGUGAACCAACAAAAUGAAAUUGUUGGUUAUGCGGCUGCCAGGGUGCUGUACAAACCAGAUAGCGGGUAUAAAGUUGGUCCUGUGUUCGGUGAAUCUUUCGAAAUUGCCAAGUCUCUUCUCAAGGAAAUAUUUCAAGAAAUCAUGGAGUGUGGACGAUCUUCCAAAAAAGCUGUUGUGAUAAAUUUUCCUGUUGUAGUGAAUCCGGACGCGAACAAACUUGCAAAACGUUUGUGUGGUAAAAUUUUAAUGAAAUGUAUGUUUGUAUCUUGUAAUGGUUUACCUAAGUCUGACUUCACAAAAUGGUUUGCAGUAACUACACUUGAAGCAGGAUAA